AAUAUAUGAACCACCAUUCCUAGAAUUCUACCUUAGUCUUUGUGUGUGUGCUACAACACAAUUCUUUGUUGAACCAAUUCCAUGAGCAGCAAAUUGUAUUAAAAUUUUGUUAAACUGUUGCAGAUUUUGGAGAAUUUUGUGCUUGAAUUUUGUCUAAAAUCCCUUUGUAAGAAUGGAAACAGAAGAAAAAAUUUCUGGUGCUACUGAUCAUUCUAAAACAAGGAAAAGAAAAUACUCAUUGUGUGAUAUUUCACCCAAGAAGAAGAAGAAAAAUAAUCUUACGACAAAUGAAUUAAAAGAAGAAGUAUGUAAACCUGCACAACCUAAUUUGCAUAAAAAGAAGAAAAAUAGAAAGGAAAUGUCAACAGAUGACCUGACAAAUGAGGCUUGUGCGCUUGAAAACCAUGAAACACCCAGGGAAAAAAAGAAGAAAAUGAAACGUGAACUGUUGAAUGAAGAAUUGAUAAAUAAUGAAUGCAAAUCUGAAGAAGAAGAAUCAAAAAAUAAAUUUGAAAGAAGUAGCAUGUUAGCGGAGGAAACAUUAAUAUCUGGAUUAGAGCAAAAUCUUGAUGAAUCCCAUAAAAAAGAAAGAUGCAAGAAUAAGAAAAAGGAUAAUUCAUGCUCAUCAGCUGAAAAUGGCAGCCAAUUUGAUCAUGACGUUUCAACCAAAAAUUUGAAGAGAAAGAAGAAGGAAAAACAACUGUGUGAGGAUAACUUAACUGGUUCCAAUGACAACAUCAAUGAAGCUGACCUGCUUUUUGAGUCCAACCUCUGCUCAGGUGAUAAAUCAGAUGCUGAUAAAAUGGAGCCUGUUAUUUCAACCAAAUUUAAGAGCUUGAAGCCGCUUGUUUCUAGCCAGACAAUGAAAGCCAUCCAAAGUCUUGGCUUCAAAAACAUGACUGAAGUUCAGAUGAAAGCUAUUCCUCUGCUGCUAGAAGGCCGAGACUUGCGAGCCACGGCCAAGACAGGUUCUGGCAAGACACUUGCCUUCCUUAUACCUGCCCUGGAGAGACUCGUGAGACUUAACUUCAAGCCCAGUCAUGGUACAGGGGUACUUAUCCUAACCCCCACGCGGGAGUUGGCGCUACAGACACACAGCGUCCUGCAGGAGCUGAUGAGUCAUUACCCCCCCCUCACCUGCGGGGUGGUUAUGGGGGGUACUGACCGCAUACAGGAGAUACUCAUGCUGGCUAGAGGCUGCACCAUACUAGUAGGCACCCCGGGGCGCGUCUUAAGUCACAUAAAGAAGACCCGCAGGCUGAGCCUGGCGCGUCUCGUCUGCUUCAUCAUGGACGAGGUGGACCAGAUCCUCGACUCCCCCUUCAGGGAGGCCAUGAUGGACAUCCUUCUACGACUGCCAAAAGAGCGGCAGACGUUGAUGUUCAGUGCAACGAAGACGCCGCGCAGCAACUCCCUGGCGAAGGAGGCCCUGAAGGCGGACUUUGAGGAGCUCGACUUGACUGGCAAAAAGGACGCUCUCACGGUGGACCACCUGCAGCAGUACCGUAUCAUUGUGCAGGGCAAGAAGGCGCAGGCUGAGCGCAGUCGCGUGUUCCGUCAGUUCUGCGGCGCGGCGGCGGCUGCGCUGCUCUGCACCGACAUCGCCGCGCGGGGCUGGGACGUCCCGGCGGUGGACUGGAUCCUGCAGUUCGACCCGCCUGACGACCCGGGAGAGUACCUGCACCGCGUGGGACGCACGGCGCGGGGGGCGCAGCAGGGGGCGGCGCUGCUGCUGCUCAGGGAGCACGAGCUCGCCUUCGUGCCGCUGCUCAUGGACACACGUAUCAACAUAACGCGCAUGGUCAUGAUGGACAUGAAGAAGGCCGCACAGCUCCAGCAUAAGCUGGAGGAGGUGGUGGAGGGCGUGGAGUACCUGAAGGUGCUGGCAAGGAAGGCGUUCAGAGGCUGCGUGGUCGCCUACUCCAAGCUGAAGAGGAAGGACGUGUACAACAUCUACGAGCUCGACGUGAGAAAAGUGGCCCAGUCGCUGGGGAUGAGUCAUCCCCCCGUCAUGUACCUCCCCAUCGAGUACAAGCGGGCCAAGGCCCGGCAGCAGCAGCGGGCCAUAGAGGAGGGCCUAUGGCCCGAAGAUGUCAACGCUUGAGUCUUGAUAUGAGUGUUGACAUGAGUGUUGUUGACAUUAGUGUUGUUGACACGAGUGUUAUUGACAUUAGUGUUGAGAUAAGUGUUACCACGAGUGUUGCCAUUAGUGUUGACAUAUGUUUUGUCUGUCAAGACAUUAUUACUCACAUUACUCACUAUGUCAACAACAUUCAUGACUGUAAGAAACUGUCGCUUCCAUUAUUAUCUCCAUUAAAAAUCUCCCCACCGCACAAAUGUCCAUUUAAUUAUCCAGUUAAUAAUUCAUUUAAUAAUCCCCACGAGCUGCAUUGCCAGCGUCCAGACAAUUAUCAUUUAGUUAUCAUUUAAUAACGUAUAUUUGUUUAAUUCGUAUAUUUGUUGUUCUAAUGUAAUU